GAUGCAGUAAGGUGGACGAUAUAAAUGUUUAUUAGUGGUUACAGGUACCAGGCCACUCCUCGUGGCGCGGCGUAGCAUUACAUCUUUUACGCCGUAUUCCUACAAGCAAUGCGAUUGGUCGAUUGUCGUCUGUGAGGCUAGGAUUGGUUCACAUUCAAGAAAUACAAAGCAGGCAAGGUAUAUUUCUAUAUCUCUGCCCAAAAGAUAGUUGUAUACCUAUAUAAGAAGACAUCAUGGACUUCUAUCAGGGCCAUGUAGAUUCAGCAUUCCGGAUUCGGCGUGAACGGAUCAAUAGGGAAAAUAACAGCAGUUGAUCAUCAAGUUAUUAUAUUUUAUUUUAUCUACCUCUGCCUAAACGACGACGUGCUGUCAGCAAAUAUGGAAGACGGAAAAAAAGUCGACGGUAGCUUCUAUAUAUACGCCCCAAACAAAGGAGCGCCGGUGUUCUUCGCAGUCGCCUUUCUAGCUACCGGUGGUGUUCACCUUUGGCAAGCAAUUCAUUACAAGAGCUGGAAGCUCACCGGGUUAUAUGUUUUAUGCGCGCUUCUGUUCGGGUCGGGUUUUAUUGUGAGAGAGUUGGGGGCUUUCGAGUAUACGAACCUCGGCUAUUAUAUUGCUAGCCAAUGUCUUAUUUACUUUGCACCGCCGCUAUACGAACUCUGCAACUAUUAUAUCCUCGGCCGCAUACUUUACUUCGUCCCCUAUUACUCUCCAAUCCAUCCUGGGCGAGUACUGACGACCUUCGCCGCUAUCUCCAUGGCCGUCGAGGCACUGAACGGCAAUGGUAUUGCCUAUAUGGCUAAUAGGUCAUUACCAGAGGAACAGCAGCGGGCGGGCGAGGCGCUAAUGAAAGCCUCGUUGAUAUUGCAGCUUUUCGUUGUGUCGCUUUUCGUUGUGCUCGCUGGCGUAUUCCAAACGAGGUGCCGACGAAACGGUAUCAACCACGUCAAAGUAAACGAAGCACUCCUAACUCUUUAUAUCAGCACAGCCAUCAUCAUGGUCAGGUGCAUAUAUAGAACAGUCGAGUACUUCGGUUCUACUAACGUCGACUUUUCGGAUCCAAACUUCGACUACUCGGCCUUAAGCCCGAUUGUUCGCUACGAGUGGUUCUUCUACGUGUUCGAAGCGACGCUUAUGCUAUGCAACAGCGUGUUGUUGAACGUCCGCCAUCCGCGCCGCUGGUUGCCAAGUUCCACCAAAGUCUACCUCGCUAAGGACAACGUGACGGAAAUCAUGGGGCCAGGGUAUAAGCAGGAGAGGAACUUUUUGGUUACCCUCCUCGAUCCUUUCGAUAUCUACGGCAUGAUUAAAGGCAAAGAUCAAGCCACGCGUUUUUGGGAUGACAAUGAACUUGAAGGGAGGAAGACUGAUGUUGAUCCAAUGCUAUCGACCGCCGAAAGACAGACCAACAGAGCUGUCUGAAAAUAGAAUGAUUUGAAUUUGGAGUUUCUGGGGUUCAGGGCAUUUCGAAUGCUUCUGCAUAUAUCCACAUGAUUAGUUUAGACGGCACAAUCAGUUGUGUCAAAGAAUAGCAACAAUACCUAGUUAAUGUUUCUAGAAAACAUGAUUGAACUUCUAGUGUAUUUUGCUAGGUUAGAAAUAUAUGUAUUAUUUAGCAUUUGUCAUAUUGUUUGGUAGGGAUUCUGAAUAAGAAGGAUUCCAUGUCAGUCAGAUCCGUCAGGAAAGAGA